AAAAUAAAAGAGAAAAUAAAAUUUAUUGCAGGUUUCGGAACGAACUAGUCAUUAGAUCUAUUUCAUGUAUCUUAGAUUUGGGUAUUGUGAUUUGUUAAGGAAGAAGCGAGAAGCAAGGGAACCACUCACACUCCCUCUUCAUCCCUAUUUCGAUCCAAAAGAAAUAGUGGACUGCAUCAUCUGACUCAACAGUUUCUGUUAAAAUUAGAGAAAAUAAUCCAACUUCUUGCUCCUCAACCUUCCUUUAUUAUCUGUUGUGACAGAGCUUUACCUGUGCUGCUACAACGUUGUUUAUCCUGUUUCCUAUGGAUUCCUUCUGUUUUUGAUUGCUUCAAGCAAGCUUUACUGACUGCUUCUUCAUCCCUCAUGACAUCAACUGUUUCAUCUUCUCAAGGAUUUCUUCAUCCAAUAAGGCAUGGCUCCUUUGAGCCCCCAAAUAUAAAUUCUUCUGGAUCUUCAGGUCAGCCUCAGCUAGACAAUGAUGUAGAAGAAUUGCUCUCUGCGACUUGGAAUCAGGACUAUGGCUGCUUUGCUACUGGCACAAACCGCGGGUUCCGUAUUUAUAACUGUGAGCCUUUUAAGGAAACUUUCAGACGUGAUCUGAAGAGUGGGGGGUUCAAAAUUGUUGAGAUGCUGUUCCGAUGCAAUAUUCUGGCACUUGUUGGUGCUGAUGGUAAUUCUCAGUAUCCUCCAAACAAAGUUUUGAUCUGGGAUGAUCAUCAAAGUCGGUGCAUCGGUGAAUUUUCAUUUAGGUCUGAGGUUCGUGCAGUAAAAUUAAGGAGGGAUCGAAUUGUUGUUGUUCUUGAGCACAAAAUAUAUGUUUAUAGUUUCAUGGAUCUAAAGCUUCUUCACCAGAUUGAGACUCUAACAAAUCCUAGGGGAUUAUGCUGCCUUUCUCACCAAUCAAACACAUGUGUUUUAGCUUGCCCAGGUCUUCAUCGAGGACAGGUUCGAAUUGAACACUUUGGGCUGAAUGUCAUGAAGUUAAUUAAUGCUCAUGAUUCUCAUCUUGCAUGCAUCACCUUGACAAUGGAUGGCCUUCUUCUUGCAACUGCUAGUACAAGGGGCACUUUGAUAAGAAUUUUCAACACGAUGGAUGGGUCUCGCUUGCAAGAGGUGCGAAGAGGAGUUGAUCGAGCAGAGAUUUAUGGCAUUGCACUCUCUCAGAAUGUUCAGUGGCUGGCUGUGUCAAGUGACAAAGGUACUGUUCAUAUUUUUAGUCUUAGAGUUCGCGUGGCUGGGGAGGAUUCUUCCUCUCAUCCUAUUCAAGGUCCAUCACUAUUAAACCAGAGUUCUUCAACUUCCCUGGAUACUCUUAUUUCUCCAAGCACUAGUUCCAAUCCUGGUUCAUCCUUGUCUUUUAUGAGAGUGGUAUUACCAAAGUAUUUUAGCUCUGAGUGGUCAUUUGCUCAGUUCCACUUGCCAGAAGACAUCCAAUUCAUUGCUGCAUUUGGAUCCCAGAAUACUGUUAUUAUUGUUGGCAUGGAUGGAAGUUUUUACAGGUGCAGCUUUGAUCCUAUUCAUGGAGGGGAGAUGUUGCAGCAGGAAUAUGUCCGUUUCCUGAAAACAGCGAGCAGGCCUGGAUAAAGCUACCAUUUUUCAUGCCCACAACAUAUUAUUUAUGCUUCUGCACGUGUAAAUAUAUGGAUCAAUGUAAAUAGUGUCGUAUGAAACAUUACAUUUUUGUCAUUUUUACUGUAUAGCAUAAGAGCAAUGCUGUUCCAUUAGGUUGCUUUUUGGUGGCCAUAAAUUGUGGGGCGUAAAUGGUCCAUUAUUUACUGAAAUUUUUUGUUGUGAAUUUCAACAGACUAUUUCUUUCAAAUAAACAAAUGCAUUACCUUUUACA